AAACAAGUAUCCUCUUUUUACCCAAAUUUUCCCAGAUCCUGUAAAUCAUCACAUAUCAAGUACAAAAUAAUCAAAUAAAAAAAAAAUCCAUACAAAAACCAACCAAUAAACAAUGGAAUCAAACGAAACAGAUAUUGUAAUCCAAGAAUUCAACAAAAUAAAGAAAACAUGGGAUGAUGCAUAUCUUCAAACCCUAAAUCACAUUCAAGAAAUCCAAAAUUAUGGCAAAAUUUCAAGAUUAAAUGAUACUAAUAAUAAUAAUAAUAAUAAUAAUAAUAAUAAUAAUAAUAAAAAGAAAGAUUCAUUGCCAAGAUUAAAUGGGCUUGCACAAGAUGGACUUGCUACAUUGACUACUUCACAAUUUAAUCUUGAUCUUUUGACCCCACAACUUCCUACUGAUGACCAUGUUCAAAAUGCUCAGUUGACAUUGCAAUCUUGGAGUAACCAAAUUCAAAGUUUGCGGUCAAAUUUGAGAAAUGCUAAUCUGCAAGCAAAGGCUAAUAUGAGAAAAGCUGCCCAAGAAGAGAGGGAGCUUCUGUUGGGAGGUGGAGAAGAGUCAACAGCUCGAAGGCGUAAUUUACAGACAAAAGCUGGAAUGACAUCUGCAGCAGAAAGCAUUACCGAGAGUCUUCGUCGUACAAGGCAGAUGAUGGUUCAGGAGGUUGAAAGGAGUGGAAGCACACUUAUGGCGUUUGAGGAAUCAACAGGAGUGUUGAAGAAAGCAGAAAGCGAAUACAAGGGUCAUCGAUCGUUACUGAUGCGAACUCGUAACUUGCUUUCAACAAUGAAGCGCCAAGAUGUUCUUGACAGGAUUAUACUCAUUGUGGGAUUCGUGUUGUUCUCCUUAGCUGUUCUUUAUGUUGUUUCAAAGCGGAUUGGAAUACUUAAGUUGCAGAGAAAAGUUAUAGGGGCUAUUAAAGCUGGCAUGGCUGCUGGAGAUGCGGACGUUGCUAUAAACCAUCUUGCUCAGGUCAACGAACCUGCAGGUCCAAAUGAUGAUUUUAAUUUAGGACUACCUAUGCACGAUGAACUGUAAAUGUUACAGUCACACAUGGACAUGAAUAUGCAGGUUUAGUAUGUAUAUUUAUAUUAUGUAAACAAUGGUUGCUUUUGCCUUCAGUUAGAGUGUAAAUUCUUGAUCUAUGCAAUUGUUUGGUUUUGUAUCCAUUUUGUUUUACAUGUUA